UCAUUUUUCCACAUAGUUUUUGUGCAUCAUUUUAUCUUUAAAAAUAUAACAAGCGAGGGUAAAUUUAAUUCCAUUGUUUUUAGUGGUUUGUGCUAAGCCGGCUCACCGGUUUUUAUAUCCGUAAUGCAAAAAGUUCUAUAAAACAAACACUACACAUUUUGCUUUAUUAAAGUGUGACUAUUAUUAAUUUAAUCAUGACGGUGCCUAAUAAGAUGGAUGUAGAUCGCGGUGAGGGCUUUCGCCCUUACUAUAUCACUAAAAUAGAGGAGUUGCAGUUGGUUGUUGCUGAAAAAAGUCAAAACUUGCGACGUCUGCAAGCCCAAAGAAAUGAACUCAAUUCUAAAGUAAGAAUGCUAAGGGAAGAACUCCAACUUUUGCAAGAACAAGGUAGCUACGUUGGAGAAGUUGUAAAGCCCAUGGACAAGAAGAAGGUUUUAGUCAAAGUACACCCUGAAGGUAAAUUUGUUGUCGACUUGGAUAAGAAUAUUGAUAUCAAUGAUGUUACACCAAACUGUCGUGUAGCUCUGCGUAAUGAAAGCUAUACUUUACACAAAAUUUUACCUAACAAAGUUGAUCCAUUAGUCUCUCUCAUGAUGGUUGAGAAAGUCCCAGAUUCAACUUACGAAAUGGUCGGUGGUCUAGAUAAGCAAAUCAAAGAGAUUAAAGAAGUAAUUGAAUUGCCAGUGAAACACCCUGAAUUGUUUGAUGCUUUGGGUAUUGCUCAACCUAAAGGUGUGUUAUUGUAUGGCCCCCCUGGUACCGGUAAAACCCUGUUAGCCCGUGCUGUAGCCCAUCACACAGAAUGUACUUUCAUCAGAGUCUCAGGCUCAGAACUUGUACAAAAAUUCAUUGGUGAAGGCAGUCGUAUGGUGCGUGAACUAUUCGUCAUGGCCAGAGAACAUGCACCCUCAAUCAUCUUCAUGGACGAAAUCGAUUCUAUCGGUUCAUCACGUAUAGAAUCAGGCAGCGGUGGAGACUCUGAAGUGCAACGUACUAUGUUGGAACUUCUUAACCAACUGGAUGGCUUCGAAGCAACUAAAAACAUCAAAGUAAUCAUGGCAACCAACCGUAUUGACAUCCUAGAUCCAGCUUUGCUCCGUCCUGGUCGCAUUGACAGGAAAAUUGAGUUCCCACCACCGAAUGAGGAAGCUCGUUUAGAUAUCUUGAAAAUUCAUUCAAGGAAAAUGAAUUUGACUAGAGGAAUUAACCUGCGCAAGAUUGCUGAGCUCAUGCCAGGUGCUUCUGGAGCUGAGGUGAAAGGAGUGUGUACGGAAGCUGGAAUGUAUGCUUUGAGGGAACGCAGGGUACAUGUUACACAAGAAGAUUUUGAAAUGGCGGUGGCUAAGGUUAUGCAGAAGGAUUCGGAGAAAAAUAUGUCCAUCAAGAAGUUAUGGAAAUAA